UCUUGAUGACCUGCCUAACCCAAGGGCGUUUUAAAUUAGUAUCACAUUUGAAUUUAUUUCCUUAUACCAAGAAUACUGUUGGCAUAUUUGCAUUUUCAUUUAAGUAUAUAUGGCUGGAUCAAUCGUAAAAGCCAGUAACUCGGCUGCAUUAAGUGUCACUGGUAUAUUCCAUCGCGAUACUUUGCAACGUGUGUUUUCCACUUCCUGGUGGCAAGAAAGCAUGGGUAUACCGAGAUGGUUGAUGGUCUGUUAUGGACUUGUCCUUCUUUGGCAUGAAGCGAUCCCCUGUUUUAACAACUACCAGUUCACGGAAUCUAAUAGCCGCAUGGUGACAAUAAGUGUGACUUCUGUUCCAUGUAGGAGGCCUGUCGCUCUCGACAAAAUAGCACAGGACUGUGCUUCUCCGAUCCGGUUCAAGGAGCAUGGACCGGGCAUUUACUCCUACAGAGCACCGUACACUGCCCACAGCGUGGCCGUCAUGAAGACCGGCUUGCAUGUUAUAUAUCUGAAUGUCACACCAACCAUCAACUCUUACUCAACAGAUAUGCCGUGCUCAUUUUACCAUUGCGACAGUCGUCGAGUCGACGUGAAUCUGCGUCUGCCCAGCAGUUGCAAUAAUUUCCCGUUCCCAAAUAUCGUAUCCUUGGAUGUGAGGGAUAACCUGCAAGCUGGAGGCAGAAAUAUGUUGUUUUCUUGCAAGGACCCCCCUUUCCCGAUUUCGAUUUCAUACAAAGACAAAGUCUCCAACACGUCAAUUAAAUCGCUCGAUCAAACAAUUGACAUGAAGUGUACAGGCGAAGUAUGUCCAGAUAUCCUUGUGUCAGUAAGAUCAGCGUGUGAUAAGUCCCCAGUCAGUGACGUCACAGUGAGUCCAAAUGUAGCGUGGUCUGUUGUUGCGAAUGGGACGUAUGUUCUUUCAAGUUGUGAUCUCCCAGUUACGCUCACAUUGUCCACAAGUGGCCUCGGGAACAAAAGCGUUACCAUUAAUACUACAGAUGCCGUCACCGUAGAAAUGGGUUGUCCGUGUGCAACGAUAACAGUGAAUUCAGCGUGCGGUCGCCCGGUUAUCGGAACGCAAUUUUCUAGCUGGCACUCUAGCUGGGCCUCUAGUGAGGGUGAAGUUCCGGGGACCUAUGUGCUGAGGAAAUGUCAAAUUCCAACGUCUGUUGAUGUUUCCCUACCGCAACACCAGUCAGCUUCUAUACCAGCUAAUUUGUUCGUGGAUGGAUAUAUUUUGAAUAUGACUUGUACAGAGUCAUUGGUCAUAAUUGCUCAUCCGCAGUCGAAAUAUAGGCAGACAGGUCAAUCUGUUAAAUUAUGUUGCGCAGCUAAAUCAUUCCCGGGACAUCAGCCAAUCACAUAUACGUGGGACAAGAUCGGAAGUAAUCCAGCGAUCAAUGUGAGCACGAAUAAGGAUUUGAUAAUUACGAACCUUUCAACACAGCAUGAUGGAACAGGGUAUAGGUGUACAGCAAAAAUCGAAAGCCAAGGACUUCAAAUGAGCGCCAAUGAGGCUUUUCUUUUGUUAGAUGUGGAUCCUACCGUGCCAACAGCUAAUUCUUUGGACUUUUGCCCAGGCUCAGCAAAAAAGGGCGUUAAACAAUGCCAUCUGGCUCCAUGUAUUUCUAAUGCCUUAGAUAUUGAAUGCAUUGACUCGGGAUCUGUGCAACCAAACACAAGUAUUGCCUAUGAGCAAUGCGAUACAAGCUUCUUGCCACUGACAGUGGUUACUGGCUGUCAAUGUCGCGCGUCCUCGGGUUUUGAACUCAAUGUGACUGUUCAUGACGCUGACAACAACAAUCCGAUACCUAAAAUUAAAGUAUCCUUUGAUGGUAUUGAACAAACAACUAACGUCUACGGAAAUGCUGUUAUAACCAUUCCUUUUUCUAACCCGAAUCCCGUCAUAACUUUGAUUGACCCUCUUGCGGUGUAUUUACCCUCGAGUAAACCUUUGACAAUUACUUCCUUGUUUGGUUCUGAAAAAAUGUACAUGUUGAAAAAAGGUGCACCGAUAAACAUAGACCCGACCAAGCAAAAUACUCUGCCCAUGAUUCCGAGUAGUCCGAAUGUGAAACUGGAAAUCCCGCCAAAUGCAUUUCGGACACCAGACGGAAAACUUCCCAAUGGGACCGUUAAGCUUUCAAUCAGCGUCUUCCCUCCAAGCCUUGAUAUAGGUGAGAAAGCGCCUGGAGUUUUCUCUGCAAGAACUUCAGACGGGAUGUUGGAGGAGUUAGAAACGCAGGGUGUGUUUACGUUGACGGCGACAGAUUCGGCAAAUACGCCAUUAAAUUCGGGACCGAUUCGUGUUCAGGCAGGUAAUAAUUUCCGGCUGUUUGAACUGGGUGGGGAUGGCAAUUGGGUUUUGCUGACUCCAAUGGCUGUGAAUAAACGAAGAGCUGCUGACUUGACAACAUUUGUCGGAACCAUUUCAAUAAACACUCAGAUGGUACGAUGGUAUAAUAUUGACAAGUUUUCUGAAAACUCAAAAUGUUGGGUAAAAUUGCAUGUUUUCGACCCGAUCACAAAUGAACUGUUCCAACAGGCUAGUGACACUUCAUAUCGUGUGUCAAUUGUCGAAACGUUCGUUGAAGGGGACACAACAUCUGUGUUACCGAUGCGUUAUUAUUUAUCAACACAGCACCAAUGCUUGGAAGUUCGUUGCAACAAUCCACGGACAGGUUAUGUGCCAACUGGUUAUUUUGUGAUGGAAGUCAGCAUUGCUUUUCAAAAUUCGCUAAUCACAAUACCAUCGUUUCCUUGGCCUAAAGAAAACUAUGCAAUGCCCGUGCAAACUAUUCUUACUGCACUGAACUAUUCUACGAAUAACGAAUCACCUGGGAGAAUUAAAAUAAACAUGAAUGCGUCUUCAGAUGGUGUGUUUUUUGAUAACGUCACAAAGUGUGAAAUGAAAACUCUAAAUGCCGGAGGAAAUUCGUUAGUGUUUUCAGCCGCGAGACCUACAUCCGCAGAUCCGUAUAAUGGAACGUCUCAAAGAUGUGUUGCACGAGUCAGAGUAAACUUGGACAAUUUCAGUUCCGUCGAGGUAUCAUCACCACUUAACUUUACCUCUACUAGUAUCUGGGGUAAUAGUUUCUUUAGAGCAUACGGACAGACAUCAGAUUUUAAUUCGACGUCCGGGAAAAUCGUGUUUUGUAUGGAAUACAGAUGCUCGACCGCAGGGGAACAGACGUCUUCUUCUGUUACAUUAAACGAUGGGGUGUUUGCCCAAGUACGAUUUUACUGCAAUUCAUCAUUUAUUGCGCCUGUACGGUCAACAACUGGUCUGGGAUUCUUUCUAAAUAAUCAGUCGAAUGUCACCGCCGCCAUCAAUGAAUGCAAUGGAAACACGUCUGACUUUGCAUUGGACAAAAAUUGCACAGGCAUCGCUGUUGAACCAGAAUCAGUUUUACCCUGAGAAAAUGUAAUAACGUUAGCAUACCUGGAUUCGACGAUGUGGUAGAGAAAUACAUGAUAUGAAGACAACACGAAAAAUAGGAACAUACUUCUACAAAUGUUAUCAUUUUAGACAUCUUUAAAGGAAUGGGCUUGCGAGCACGUUCUGUGGAUUUUGUUUGCGAUAUAGAUAUUGUUGUCGGAUACAAUUACAUUCCUUGUAUUUCUAUGAAACUGCAUAUGUUUUAUCAUGUAAAUAUAUAAUGGAACACACAUAUAAAUCGUGUAUUAAACGCUGUUGCACAAA